CGCAUCUCCUUGUACCGUUGCUUGAUCGAGUUUCUGAUCGACUGAUCAACCAUAAGUACAUCUGCAAAAGAACUCCUACGUGUAACGAGUUUGAUUUAGAUACCGCAACAGAUGCUGACAGGCGCAAAGAGGACGGGAACCAUUGCUAAAGCUUCACGAAUUAAGUUUCCGUUGGAGUUGGAGAAGACUUUCGAACAAGCUCAGUUAAACUAUAAAUGACGGAACGAAAUAACGUAGAUCAAAAACGAUUGUACCAUAAACAGAUUGUAACGUAAAGGAAACUCGUGGAAUAGCUCCAAACAGGACGCACUUUACAUUACGCAGUGUACAUUGAGUUUUGUUGCCCACCGAAUUGCAUACCAAGUGUCUCAAUGAGUACUGAAGUAUUAGAAUGCCAACAUCCUCAAUCGCGUGAAAGAUCCAGUUCUCGUUCCGAACCGGAAAGGAGUCUUAACAAGGAGGCUGAUCGGUUAGAAACGUUUAAUUACUGUCUGCCGACACACUCACCUUUCGUCUACAACAGUAAGCAGGAGCUAGCGCGCUGGGGGUUCUACUAUGUCGCACAUCCGGAUGUGGUGAAGUGCUACUUUUGCAACAUAGAACUCGCAAACUGGGAACCGAGCGAUGUGGUGACGCAAGAGCACCGCAAAUGGUCGCUUUACUGUCCGCUGAUGACAAAGCGUCCCACGAACAAUGUGCCUUUAGACGAGAAUUUUCUCGACCUGCUGGAGGACAUUGUUGCGGACGUAACCGGUACUACGGAUGAGACAGCUGCAACGUUCAGCAUACCCCAAAGUAUCGCACCCGAACCCGAACCAAUCAUCAACGUGCAGGAUGAUUCUGUUCCAAUCUACAACCCGAAGCACCCGGAGUAUAAAAUCGAAGCGCAACGAUUGUUAAGCUUCAAGGAAUGGCCCAAAUCGAUGAAGCAAACUCCCGCGCAGAUGGUCGACGCUGGUUUCUUCUACACCGGCAAGGGUGAUAUCGUGAAGUGCUUCUGCUGUGAUGGUACCUUAAAAGACUGGCUGAGUGACGAUGAUCCAUGGGUGGAGCAUGCAACCUACUACAGUGGGUGCUUUUACGUUCAGCUGAUAAAAUCGGCCGAAUUUAUACGCCAAUGUCAGACGACGAAGCCGACUGCUAGCAGUGAGGUGAAAGGUGAAAAGGAUAUUCCGAAAGCCGCGGACCCGGUUGCUGCGGUGGCCGAGGUGGACGACGAUAGGUGUUGCAAGCUUUGCUACGUUCGGCCGUACGACACAAUAUUCAUGCCAUGCCGGCACGUCGUCGCGUGUGGGAAGUGUGCAUCCGCCACCGUUAGAUGUCCAUUGUGCAAUGAGCCGUAUUUCAACAUUUUGCGUAUCUACCUUCCGUAGGGACAAUUAGUUCACUGUUCUCUUGAAUUUCGCGUGGAGAGUAAUGUUCUUCUAGUUCACAUUCUUUCUGAGGCCUCUGAUCGGGCGACGAACCAUUUCAAUUAGUUUAGAAAAUGCUUCAAAUUGAUGAUGGACGAGCUGAAAGUCAGCUGCGUGGUAAUAAAAUUCACAUACUUAUUCACACGUUCCAAAGUAAUUCACUGAGUUUCGUGAACAGAAUUCCUGAGAGGAAUUCUUUAAGUUCAACCGUUACUCAGUACGGAAACAAUAGCUUAGUGUUUACAUAGUUGCUGAGUUGUAACUACAUGUUACUACACAAACCUUGCAAAGUAGUUCCGUAAUGUGUAUGUGGAGCAUUUUCUUGACUGAUUGCAAUGUUCCGUUGCCCCAAUAGAAGCCAUGAUUUGUAAGAUGUUUGAUGAACCUUAGACAUGAAGAGUAGGGGCGCCGGUCCUCACACGAACGGACCGGACUAAAAUCCCAUCCGGACCAAUCCGCCGUAAGCAGGACUGUGGCUAUUCCAGCUUUACGGGGAAAUAACGUCAGAGAAGGUCUUAACCUUUUGAGGUUGUUGUGUAGACAUCUCUCUAUCGAGAGGAUAAGAAGAGUGAUUUAUUAGUCAAAACAAAUAUGGACUGUGUUGCUGUCGUGAAUCCUACCAGAACGAUAAUCCCCUUAGUUUUUUUUAGUAUGUAAUAGUAUUUUGCAAUAUUUUGUAUUAAACCUAUUCGUUUAAUAAUUUGCCUGCGCUAAACAUUCGUCCUUUUCGUUAGUAUCCAAAAGAACGCUGCGCUUGUCGAAGGCAGCUUUUCCUGCACGUCACUGUUGGGUCCCAGUCAAAAGCGCUUAAAUUAGCGCCCUCUGUUGGGCGUUCGCGCAACUUACAUCCUAAUCAAUAAGUUCCUAGAACGACCGCACCGUUACAACGUCGUAACAAUGACGUAUAUAACAACAUUUUAACAACUGUUGGGACAGAAAUAUCAAAAGGGUUAACGAAUUGCACACGAACUUUAAUUACUUUCAAAUUGAGACAGCAGCAACCAAAAGCAACUGAAAGGCGCGGCCCAGUAGGACAACUACCAUCAUCGCCGAUCUUCACAGGAACGGACCGGAUCAAAAUCCCAUCCGGACCAAUCGCCCGUAUCACGGAUUGACUAUAUCCGACUACGUGGUCAAAUAAGUCGAUGCGGGACCAGGCCGAUCUAGCAAAAAAACUAAAGCAACAACUAUAAAGGGUGCUUCCAAUAGAGUAACGUGUGUAAAAACAAUAGAUGUAAAUGGGAUAUGUAUGUAAAGGGGAUAAAAAGAAAAUUAAAUAAAGUAAUUGAUAA